AUUAAGAUAUUCAAAAAAGUAAAUUGAUUUUUUUAAUUAAACGUUAAUUAUAGACUAAUGGUUUUUAUAAUAAUUUUUUUCCAAUAUAUUUUUACGUUUAGUGCAUUUUUAACUCCUGCAGAAUUACAAGUGUUAAAAGUCUUGCUGUUCUGCAAUAGCAUAUUAUAUGGACCACAUUUUAAUUUUGUUUUUAUAGUGCAUUCUGUUACGAAUUUAAAGUAGUAAAAGUGCGAUACGAGUGGGCAAAAACUCACUGAACCCGUGCACGAGGCUUGCAUGCGUCCUGUUAUCAAGUUAAUUAAAGAUUGCGCUUCAUCCUCUGUCACACGGCCGGAUUAAAAACAAGUGGCGCCUUGCAACGCUUCGUAGGGGCUUCGUGUCAAGGGCUGUCUGGGCAUGAGCAGCGUGCGUCUAGCGGCAGGAUGCUCAGAAGUGGAGGGGUGCCCUUUCAGAGACCAGCUUACAAAAAGCAAACGACAAGUAGCCAAUUAUGGGACUUAAAUGUGCGGGGAGGGGGCAGAAUGUAACGAUUUCCAUAAUUCCUGUAUGCGGCUUGAUGAAAUGUUUAGGAAUAGAAAGUGGAGGAGAGAGAUGCAAAGCAAGCAUCAAACAAUCACUCACGCGCUUUGAAAGCGACCAGAGAGGCCUGUGCUGAUUUGAAAUGAACACAUUGAAAUGCAGAGAGGCGGCCAGCCAACAGACUUCAGGGUCAAGUGACGAACGGAUUAUAUGCUUCUUCUUAAUAAUAUUAAUUAAACAAUUUGCAUGCUAAUAAGGUAACAAUUAUCGUGCCUCUCUGUUGAAAGAUUUAGGUUAUUACUACAUGCCGCGCGGGUGCCACCGAGGGUCAGCGCGAGCGAGCGAGCGGUGAGAAAUUUCAGCUCAAAUUAACAUUCUGGCAGCUGGAGAAAUUGGAUAAAUAAAGUGGAAUUAAUUCCCGGUAAUGGAGGAAGAGAGCAGGGAGAAGGAAAGGCCCGUGUACUUACUUUACACAUGGACAGGACUGAUUACCAUCCUUUAUUCACAACCAUGCCUCCCUCACACAUGUAGACACGUGCUCACGCACACAUUUUCCAAAUGCAAAACACUCGAGACAAGUAAACUCCAGAAAUAGACACACCAAGGAGAAUUUACCUUUAGCAUUUAUAAGGGCAGGAAAUUUAGUUAUAAAUUAAACUGGAUAUUCAGUCACAACACUUUGAGAUAAAGUAAAUAUUUAAUAAUUAUAGUUAAUUUUUCUUUACAAACGCUAUAGCCUACUGACCUACUGUAUCUGCAAAAGCGUAUGUUUUUAUAAACCCGUGUAUAUUCCAGUAAUAACAAGCUUUACUGAAUCUAUAAAACAUUUUAUCCCUGGGUUAAUAAGGCUAUUUAUUUUAUGCCUCAUUUUCUUUGCAGAAUCGAUUAAUAAAACCUCCCACAUCCAACUCCCAUUUGUGAAUAGAUGAUCAGUGGAAUACAAGCAUAAUUGAUUAUACACACACCAAAUGGCUUAAACAUGACAGUGAUCUAUAGGAAAGGUGAAGAAUGUUAAUACAGUCUUCUGAACUCUGUACGCCAAUAAUCAAACAACUGAAAACAAUGUUAAAGCAUUUUCUGAUCUUCCUUUUUCACUGUCAGGCACGCUUGUCUUUUCAUCUCCAUGUCUAUAUCACAACGCAUACGUUAAAAUGCACUGACCUCUACAUAUGAGAAAGUCAGAGGAGCUUGUGUUUUUUUUAUUCAUCUUGACAGCUUGCAACAGGGUGGGUGAUGCUUCGUUUGUUAUGAGAUAUAGCUCUAUUUGGGCACAAUGCCUCCUGCGUAAUAGGAGAACAUCAUUUUACGCAUUCAAAGAGAGCCAGACAUUCAUUGAAAAAUAGGCGAGGUUUUCUGUUCUGUGCGUUGUUUAGAAAGUGCAAAUGUGACCAGUGCUCCCAAAUUAGCUAUUUGGACAGAAGCACUGUAUGUUUAUGCAGAAUUUGGUCAGGAAUCAAUCAAUCCGCCGGUUUCGCCUCCUCCCUCUAGUUGUGAUGUCUCAUGUUGUGUUGUGACAGCGCUGGUAUUGUUUAUUGAGGUAGAUGUCAGGUAUAAUUAGCAAUCGAUAUGGAAAACGUUUUGUGUCGUGGGUCUGACGUCACCGGCGACUGACGUUCCCCAUUGGUCGCGAAUUCCCUAGCGCGAGACCUAGUUAUUUGGACAAGAGGAGAGUUGAUGUUGACAAAGUAGGAAAGAGCAAAAACCUCGACGCCUCCCUCGGUCUCUUUACUUCUCGUAGGGAGCGCAAAGCAUGUCCACGUUCACCGCUCCACGGCUGCUGCGUGCGCUCUGAGAGGGAGCCUGUUUGCUACGCGCGCUUCCUUGAUCCGGAGAUGCAAUGAUGGACAGCCGGAUCCUCGAGCAUCCUCAUGCCCAGUUUGGAGGCUCUUUGGGAGGCAUGGUUGGAAUGGGUUUCCCCUACCACCUCGGCCACCAUCAUGUUUACGAUCUCUCCGGACACCAGCUACAGUCGGCAGCCGCUGUGCCGUUUUCCAUAGACGGAUUACUUAACGGAUCGUGCUCGGCGUCUGUUGCAAACUCCAACCCGUUGCUCGGAUCUGGAUGUCGCGUUAACGGGGAUAGUCAGUAUAAACUCAGUGAUGCCGGAGACGCCGACAAGGAAAGCCCUGGUUGUAAAAGAAGGCGAACACGUACAAAUUUUACAGGCUGGCAGCUGGAGGAACUGGAGAAAGCGUUCAACGAAAGCCAUUAUCCGGACGUGUUCAUGCGCGAGGCUCUCGCGCUACGUCUAGACCUUGUUGAGUCACGUGUUCAGGUGUGGUUCCAAAAUCGGCGAGCAAAAUGGCGCAAAAAAGAGAACACGAAAAAAGGGCCUGGUCGACCGGCUCACAACUCUCACCCCACUACGUGCAGCGGCGAACCGAUGGACCCGGAGGAAAUCGCACGACGAGAGUUGGAGCGCAUGGAAAAGAAGAAGCGCAAACAGGAACGCAAAUUGCUCAAGUCCCAGAACAAGUUUUUAGCGGGUGAGCUCUUCCAUACACCCGGAUCUGACAGCGAUAGCGGAGUUUCACAGAGCACAGAUAGCGAGUCUACUCCGAUCAGCGGUCCCCAGCUUAACACCCACCGACAGCAAUCAGAUAUAUGUGACCAACAUCUACGGCACCAAAGAUCCUCCGGGUCCAUCCUCGAGUCAGCCGAGCCCACGGACCCCACAAGGAACUCUGCCAUGUGUCCUGCGAGUGGCCUCACGCGAGCCUCCACGCUCCAGAAACUCAGUCCAUUUAGUGUGGAGAGUUUACUGGCCGACUCGAGUCCCAGAAGGAAAACUAUUGUGGAUUUUUCCCAGUUACCACCGCAGCGACCGCUGGUUGGUAAAGGCCAUUUUCUUCUGUAUCCCAUUACUCAACCCCUGGGUUUCAUAGUACCACAGACAGCGACGAAAACAAAUCAGGAUUCAGGGAACAAGUGUGCCACCACAGACACCUCGAACCUGCACGGUUCUGGACACGUUACAAAAACUAACAAUCAGCUGCGCAAAGACGCAAGUGCGGAUGCGGUCGUAAACGGUGAGCUGCAAAGACAAAGUCAAAACUCUCCAACGCAAACUGAGAAAUCAGUGGAAAGUUCUGCAGAAUCAAAUUCACCACCAAACGAAUCCGAAUCCACUGUCACAAACUCUACCCAGAAAGAAAGCACCUCGUCCGAAAGUUCGGAAACGAAAACGUGCAGUUCUGCUGACGCAAAUACAGAUGGAGAAGACGUUGACAUGGAUUGACAUUUAAGUAGACCAGCAGUGGAGCCGAGCUGACCUGUCACAAACCCAAAGCUGAUCACGACACGUUUUUGUAUACAAGACUUUGAAUUAGUUUUUAUACUUUUCAAAAAUGGAUAUACUUUAUUCAGGUGGACGAUCGUUUUUCUAUUAUUUUGGCUUUAAUGUCUGUUGUUAUUUCAGCAACACAGCUAACUUGAAGGAACAAGUGGGCUCACGAGCAGGAUACAAAAACAACACGAAUCCUCAAAACGUUGUAUAAAUGAUAAAGUAUCGAAGAUAUUUAUAUAUGUAACAUUUUGAUAAUAAUAAUAAAAAUAUUGUGAAAGAA